CCGCACGCUGUCUCUAUUUUAUUGCUCAUGUCGAGUCUUGCUUUAAAGUCGAAACCCUGUCUACGGCUUUUUGAUAGUCCAAAACCAAUCUUCUGUUCCUACAGAUCUUUUCCCAUCUCUCGAUCUUUCAUACACAGUGCAGUCCGUAGAUACAGUAUGGAUGCCAACCAGAACAACGAUUCGAACAAGAAGACAUAUCACAAGAAGGCCACGGGUGCUGCUCUCAAGACAGUUGAGAAGCAUUCUGCUGACCAUGAACUCAAACUCUUCGGAAGCUGCUUCUGCCCCUUCGUGCAGAGAGUUUGGAUUUCCCUUGAAGUAAAGCAGCUCGACUAUGAGUAUAUUGAGGUCGAUCCAUACAAGAAGCCACAACAACUGCUCGAAGUCAAUCCACGAGGUCUAGUCCCAGCCCUCAGGCAUGGUGACUGGGGCUGUUAUGAGUCGACCGUCCUGAUGGAAUAUUUGCAGAAGGGUGAGGCCUUGCUGCCUUCGGACCCAAAGUUGAGGGCGCAUUCUCGCCUGUGGUCUGACCAUGUAAAUCGCAGUAUCGUGCCAGGCUUCUACCGUUAUUUGCAGGCCCAGGACGAGAAAGCUCAGAUUGAGAAUGCGGAGGAGCUCAAGGAGCAAAUCUCCAAGUUGGUUGAUGCCGCAGACAAGUCUGGUCCGUUCUUCCUCGGCGACAAGAUGACAUUCGUGGACGUUCAGAUGGCGCCAUGGGUGGUUCGCCUACGUAAAGUGCUCCAGCCAUACAGGGGCUGGCCCGAGCCUGAGGCAGGUAGUCGCUGGGCAAAAUGGGUCGAUGCUAUUGAGCAGGAUCAUGCUGUGAGGGCAACAACGAGCACUGAUGAACUCUACCUGGACAGUUACGAGCGUUACGCGGAAAAUCGCCCAAACACUUCUCAGGUACAAAGGGCUAUCAACUCUGGCCGCGGACUUCCCUGAGGCUCUUUUGAAAUGUCUCACCUCGGACUUGACCGAGAGGGCGUUCGACCGUUUCAACGGUAUCCUGACUCGAGGCAUCACGAGCGGAAGGGGUCUCCAGAUUGUCGUCCAACGAGUCAUUUUGUACGGAGCAAAGGGAUUUGAUGUCGACAUUGUGUCUUUAGCUUUAUGUCGGUCCAUACAGAACCAUUUUCUGUACUCUGCAGACUUCAAAAUGAUGUUCGAGCAAUUAGAAAGUGUCGAUUAGGUUGAAAAGGCCCGAGAAGUGCAUCACCGCAUGCCUAGAGCCUCAAACUUUAUGUCGAACCGAGACUAAAAGUGAGCUCGCUUGAACAACAAGA